AUGGAUAGAACACCAAGUCCAGCCUCCACCUACUGUUCGUUUACUGUUGGGCGACAUACUUCUCCAAUACGGAGAUCGCAGCGACUAAUUGACAAGGAAAACCGAGAUUUGCCAAAGAUUCCAGCCAACAGUCGUUCUCCCCAAUUGUUUGGGGACACCCAGGAAGAGUAUAGCCAGCUACUUUGCCAGCAGGAGAAGAUUCCGACCAAAAUUGUGCAUUUGGAGGAAGAGUUAAAAUCCUCUCAUAAACUUGUGCAUAUGAAGUCUGCGGAUAAAGUCGUUCCCCUGAAACCUUUGAAUAAAAUUAUCCACACAAUUCCGCAAGAUAAAAUUAUUCAUCUACAGGCUGAAGUUAAUAACUUAGAGGAGGACGUGGAUGAGCCUCCAAGGAAGUCGCGAAAGCGGAACCAUCAUGCCAAGCCAAAAAAUCGAGUGCCGAAAGAACCGGCUAAGAGAAAACCCAAAAAUCGUAAUUUAACUGCUCCAGAUGUUAAUUUAAAAAACUCAAUCUCUCCAUCAAAGUUACCUUCUCAAUAUCCGCCACAUUUUGUCCACCAACUGCCACUUGCAGAAGAUGACACUGUGAUUCCAAUUCGUCCUUUAUCAGCUCCGGCUGCUCAGCUGCGCGAUUCGUGUUUAACACCCAUGGGCACCCGUUGUGGAAUUUGGGACACUUCCCCAUCGAUACUUAAUUCCGAGAUCUCCUUGAAUAUCUCCCUAAGCGAGUCCAUGGAAGAAAUAUUCGGAACCAGGAACAUACACGAUAUACUGGCAAUGCAGAAACCACGUCAAUACAUUUUGAUUGAGGACCACCUGCCCACUGUUGCCUCCAUGUUGAAUGUGAGCCUGGAGCGCCUGCGAAGUGUCCUGGAAAUCACUCAGGGCUGGACCCAUGAUCAAUUUCUUCAUUUUCCGAUCAAGCAGGAAAUGGAGGACGUGGAGGAUCAGUCAAACUAGUCCUGCACAUCUGCAUUUUAUAUUCGUAUAGAUAACCACCAUAAAUCCUUACGAUCCAAAUUACAAAGAAUGUGGAUAGUUCUCAUA